GUGUGCGUGUGUGGAUGGGUGUGAUGUGGUGUGCCACAGUGUGUCCUGGAGUAUAUAGCGGACGUGGUGCCGGUGUCUAUUCAAGCUGAACAACGCACCAUGCCAUCGUAUUCCCUUACUCUCUCUAGACAUAGACCAGUUGACGGCAGGUGCCACUGCGUCCCUUCCGAUCCCACAGACGGCUCUCGGUCACAGUGAUUCAUAUCGUCCGUCGCCAGUAAUAGUUACCAGUUACCUUUGAGUACCUUUCUUUCAACUCUGCUUUCCUGAACCACGCAGGACAACGCAGAACCGCGCAAACACAAGAUGGUCUCACACAACGUUCCGUCUCUCGUCAUGUGGAGGGAUCUGACGCCCUACCCCGGACGCCUCAUACAGUCGUCAGCAGCUUCUCCCCACGUCCUCAUCGUCGGUGCAGGGGUAACGGGCCUCGUGACCGCCUGGGUCCUUCUGGAUAAGGGGUACAAGGUCACCAUCGUGUCCAAGGACUGGGCCAACUUCACCCCAAGCAACCGACUCACAGCACAGAUCGCGGGUGCCCUCUGGGAGUACCCUCCUGCCGUCUGUGGAGCCCACACCGACCGCAUCUCUCUUUCCAAUUCCAAGCGCUGGUGCAUGACGGCGUAUCAUGCCUGGGAUGCCAUCGCCUCUCUGCCCGAGCUGAGUCGUGCCUCCGGGGUGAGGAUGAUGCCCUCGGAUUUCUUCUUCCCAGCACCAAUCGAGAAGGAUCCUGCACAGUUCUCCAAGAUGGCUGAGAUCAUCUCCAGUGGCGUCAAGGGAUUCCGACAGGACAGCAAGUUGAUGGAGCAGCGACACGUAAACCCAAGCUACGGUGCUGUCGAUGCCUAUGAGUUGCUGGCCCCCAUCAUUGACACAGACCAGGCCAUGAUGUGGCUGAUGAGUCUGGUCCACGGGAAGGGAGCCACCACCGUGACCGAGACAAUCACCGGAGACCUGCUCCACCAAGAAGACAUCCUCCGCGAGCGCUUCGGCGUUGACGCCAUCGUUAACGCAACCGGCCUCGCAGGCACGGAAAUCGCCGGCGACGCGACAUGUUACCCGAUCCGUGGUGCCCUGAUCCGGGUCAUAAACGACGGCAAGAACUUCCCCAAGGUUGAGGCCGCCCUGACCAUAACUGCUGAUGCGAUACACGACUCCAACGAGAUCGUGUUCCUGGUGCCUCGCAACGACAACAUCCUCCUCAUCGGCGGCAUCGCCCAGCCGCACGAGUCCACCCUCGACCUGACCCUCGACUCGCCCGUCGUGAAGCGCAUGCGCGAGCGCUGCGAGGCCUUCCUCCCUGGCCUCAAGAACGCCCGCCUCGACUCCAUGUACCCCCUGGCCCAGGGGCUCCGGCCUUUCAGGCAGAGGAAUGUUCGAGUCGAGAGGGAGCUUCGAAACAUACCUGGCACCGACAGGCCGAGCAGGAUUGUGCACUCAUACGGACAAGGAGGAGCCGGGUGGAGUCUUUCUUUUGGGUGCGCUGGUGAUGUCGCAAGCCUGGUUGAAGAUGCAAUCUGCGACCUGAUGCCAACGCCAAUGGAAUUUGAUCACUCAUAUUCCGACGGGACUGAAUCCUAUGGGACAACGACGAGUUCUUUUGUCUCCGUCAGCAUGAAGAAUCACGAUGAGUGA